AUGGGCAAUGGUACAAUGAUCAGUGAGUUCAUUCUCUUGGGAUUUCCCAAUCUUCAUGGAAUGCAGAUGAUGUUCUUUGGUGUCAUUUUAUUCAUGUAUCUCUCAACUCUUGUGGGGAACAGCCUCAUCAUCACAGUUGUGUGGACUGAUCAAAAACUUCACACUCCGAUGUAUUUCUUCCUCUGUAACCUCUCCUUGUUGGAGAUCUGGAGCACGACUCUUGUGGUCCCAAAGAUGCUGGCCAACCUACUCUCGGACAGAACAACCAUCUGUUUCUCCUGUUGCAUGGCUCAAGUUUUUCUCCAUUUCUCCCUGGGCACUACGGAGUCGGUCAUCCUGAUGUCCAUGUCUUUCGACCGCUACUUGGCUAUAUGCCGACCAUUGCAUCAUGCCACCAUCAUGACUAUCAGAGUCUGUUUCCGUUUAGCAUUUCUAGGUUGGCUUGGAGGAAUUGUGCUCAUCUUCUUCCAUUCGCUGCCAGUGUGGAUCCUGCCGUUCUGCAGAGACAAUCGAGUUGACCAUUUCUAUUGUGACCUUGGGCCACUUCUGAAACUGGCUUGUGCUGACACAUCCAUCAUAGAGUUCACAGGUUUUAUAACAACUGUCAUACUGCAGGGCAGUGCAUUUCUUUUCACGUUGAUAUCAUACAUCUUUAUCAUAUCUACUAUCAUCCAGAUCCCUUCCUCCACUGACCAAAAAAAGGCUUUUUCUACUGGUGCUGCUCAUCUGACAGUGGUUAAUAUAUUUUAUGGGGCACUGAUAUUUAUGUAUAUGAGACCCUCAACUCAUUCUUCCUUUAGGAUAAACAAGGUGGUCUCCUUACUCAACACUGUCCUAGUUCCAGUUUUAGACCCUUUCAUCUAUACCAUCCGAAACACAGAGUUCAAAGAGUCCCUGAGCAAAAUGAUAAACAGGAAAAAGAAAUCCCUACACAUUUAG